AUGGCAGCCUUGGAUGAAACCAAGUUCGGGGUUGCACCACCAGGUAUGGGAAGUGAGCCAGCAGUAGCUUUGCUGACGAAUACAAAUUUAGAUAGAAAAGUGUGUUCAGCUGUAGCACCCUUCCGGUGCCUAGCCGCCAUGCCACCCGAAGGAAGCACGAGGGCUGGGAUACUGCCAGGUUGCCCAAGCCUAGGCAGAGGAAGUCGAGUGGCGGAGGUCGGAUUCGAACCACGGACCUUCGGGUCAGUAAAUUCGCGCUCUAACCACUUGGACCAUCUCGCCCCCAAUUUAGAUAGAUAUACACCCGCAGAAGGCUACAGUACUAGUUCCAUCCGAACGAUGCUCAGAAACAGCCACAUAAGCUAUCUUCAAGGGCGCCCACCAUAUUACCUGAAGGAGGCACGAGAGCUGGGCUACUACCAGGUUGUCCAGGCGUAG